CGGCUGGGGGACUGCGAGGAGACGGUGCGGCGGCUGCGGGCCGAGAAUCAAGAACUUAAAAGAAAACUGAACGUUCUGACUCGACCAAGUGGAAUAACACUGGACAGCUCUAAGUUAGAUGGACCUUUGUUACAAAUUUUGUUCAUGAACAAUGUUAUUUCAAAGCAAUACCAUCAAGAAAUUGAGGAUUUUAUUUCUAAUCUAGUUCAAAAGUAUGAAGAGCAACAGGGAGCUACAUCAGAGAAGACCCACUUCAAUGUUAAGCCUCAGCCAUCCAGUAUUCUUUUGGAAGAGGACCAUAGAGUGGCGAGCUCUAAUUCAAUUAAAAAAAUUAAAGAAGCUUUUAGUGUUGUAGGGAGUGUUUUAUACUUUACCAACUUUUGUCUUGAUAAACUGGGACAACCUAUAUUAAAUGAAAAUCCACAGUUGACAGAAGGAUGGGAAAUACCAAAAUACCAGCAAGUUUUCAGCCAGAUCCUCUCUCUAGAGGGGCAAGAAUUGCAAAUAGCGAAACCAAAAAGGCCAAAACCUCACUGUUUCAACUGUGGUUCUGAAGACCAUCAAAUGAAGGAUUGUCCACAGCCACGGAAUAAUGCCCGUAUAAGUGAGAAAAGAAAAGAGUUUAUGGAAGCCUGUGGUGAAGCAAGUAAUCAGAACUUCCAGCAACGAUAUCAUGCAGAAGAAGUAGAAGAGAGGUUUGGAAAGUUCAAGCCAGGAGUAAUUAGUGAAGAACUUCAAGAAGCACUUGGUGUCACUGAUAAGAGUCUUCCUCCAUUUAUAUAUCGCAUGCGCCAGUUGGGUUACCCCCCAGGGUGGCUCAAAGAGGCUGAACUGGAGGGUUCAGGACUUGCCCUUUAUGAUGGAAAAGAUGGUGAAACAGAGGAGGAAGAAGGAUCCUAUCCACAGAAACGUGUCACUUAUGAUGUCACUAAAUUGAUAAACUAUCCAGGCUUUAAUAUGUCCACUCCAAGUGGGAUUCCAGAUGAAUGGAGGAUAUUUGGUUCCAUACCCAUGCAGCAAUCCCAACAGAAGGAUGUUUUUGCUAGCUACCUUUCUAAUGUUCAUGCGCCAAGUCCAAAAUCUAAUAAUAAAAGGCCUGCCAUUCAGACAAGCCCUCAUAAUUCAAAGAAGCUAAGAGAAGACAAUUCAGUGGUGGCAUCAGCAGCUGACAUGGAUGUAGAUUCUGAUUUGGACAUGUCACAGAGUUCUCAAGCCUAUGAUAGUUUUCAGUUCCAGCCUCCUCUGCCACCUGGAUCUCCAUCAAUUUCAACGCCACCUCCAUUGCCACGAGGAACACCUCCUGCUACUCCACCCAACUUCACACCCCCUCAGCCUCCAACGCCUACUCACCUUCCGCUUCCCAGGAAUACACCACCAUUAACUCCUUCCAGUGACUCGUCUCACCCCAGGAUGGGGGAACCUGUUAUGGAUGAAGAUACUUUGACCCUAGAAGAAUUAGAAGAGCAGCAGAGACUGAUUUGGGCUGCACUGGAGCAGGCAGACAGUACAAAUAGUGACUCUGAUAUACCUGCAGACACACCGUUUGCUGGGAACUCUGUUACAUCAUCACCAUCUAGGAAUGAACUGGAGGUUCUUCCAGAAGGAAGAACACCUGAGAAGCUAGUUGCAAUGGAAGCUGGUGUUUCAGGCAUUAAUAUGCAAAUCUCCAGCAACGAGCACUUUAAAAGUAGUCCUAGUUCAGGGGAUGGGUUGCUUGAUUUAAAGGAAGACCCUGAUCCUGUGGAUUUGGAAGGCAUGCUGGAUGACAACACUACAGCCUCCAAAGGUGAGGUGAAUGAUGAAGGAAACAAAGGCAUAGCUGACGUGGUGACCAUCACUGAAUCAUCUACAAAAAAUUUGAGUCCUGUUCCUGACAUGAGCAAGUUUGCUGCAGGAAUAACACCAUUUGAGUUUGAAAAUAUGGCAGAAUCUACUGGUGUGUAUCUUCGAAUCAGAAGCGUGUUAAAAAAUUCCCCCAGAAACCUGCAGAAAAAGAAAACGCCUUCAGUAUGACUGGUCUUCCUUUGUGGUUCCUUGGACCCCAAAAGAAAUUAAAAAUAUCCGCCAAGUUGGAUAUGCUUCUGCACCCUGCUUUUCAAAACCUCUGCUUAUGGAGAGUGGACAAAUACAGUUCUGUAUCUGUUCUUCCUGGUAUCAACUUAAGUCCAUUCAGGGCUUCCACUUAACCAGGACCAAUGCUGCCAUUUCAGUACAGGAUAACUUGCUGAAAUCAAAACCUUCCACAAAGAUGACAAGACUAUUGAUUUUUGUUUUGUUUUGCUUUGAUUUGAAUAUUUUAUACCCAGUAAUACAUGGAAGUCUUUAAAAAUACAAGUCGUGGCUUGCUGUUAAAUCUUUUGGUUGAGAUUUAUAAUGUCUCUGACUGGGGUCAGGUGGAAUGGUGAUUUUUAUCUGUCCUUUGUACAUUAGUCUGCUCUUUCUACGUUUUGCUAAUUACCCUGUAGAUAAGUUUAAUAUAUUAAUGUUUUUAAAAGAUCUACCACUUUUAAAUUUCCCAUGUUAAAUCCUGGCAACCAGAUGGAAAUAAUCAGGGAUUACCAGCAUUAGCCUCACCAUUUCAGAUAUUUUUAUAAAUUAUUUAUGUGGGGUCAGUUUUUUAAGUACCACUU